ACUCCAGCUCUUGACCACGUCUUGUUGAACUGUGUCUAAUUGUCGCUCUCCUUUGUUUUACUGAACCUUUUAGUUGAUUAGAUCUUGCCAAUAUGACGAAAAAUACCCAAGUAGAAGUUAAAGAUCGUCCUACGGAUCGCAAGCGUUCUCGUUCGGAUGCCAGGGACUCAGAGAAGAACCCCCCUCAAGCACCGAGAACUAGCAGGUCUGCCUCCGCAGUCUCUUCGUCUCUUCUAUAUGAACCGCCAUCGGAUGUGAUUCCAGUCGCACCUUUACGCCGACGCGUCAAUCCAGCAAGUCUUGCUCACCGUCUCGGACCAGAACUCGUCGCGGAACUGGAAUCCUUGAUCAAGCCUGGGUGUACUGAAAUGCCUUCCUUUGCUGCCCGCCAGGCAGUCCAGAAGCGUUAUAUGGUUGAUCGAAGACAUAUAUACGAUUGGUAUCAUACAAAAGGCUUGAGGGUCUCGAGCAAAUCAGAGAAGAGAUCUGCAGUCAUGCACAUUGAACAGGAGGAGACUCGUUCUUUGAGACCUCGUUUCCAGAAGAAGCUAAGAUCUGUACCAGAUGGCGCGCAGGUGGAGGUUGCCUCUGGUUUUUCAGACAGUACGUCUUCUACACCCGUGUCCACGCCUGUCGCAUCGUGCACGCCCUCGGAUCUCUCGGCUUCAAACCCACCUUUGCACUACGACUAUAGCGGGAUGCAUCUCUUACCAUUUCCAAUUCAUUGCUUCUUUGAGUCACCUUCAGAUCCUGCGCUGCACACCAGCAUCCAGGCGCAAGGUAGCAAGCCUCUUUAUACCGAGGAUUUGGAACCUUCUGGACGUCGUGUCCACAACUGGUCUGCCCCUUCGCACCUAGAUCGUACCACUCACUGGGUGGCCGAAAAUCAAAAUCAAGGCCGGCGCUUCCACUAUGAGUCAAACAAUAGUCUUCCCUUCCUGCAACAUGAGCACUACUUCGACGAGAACCUGAAUCCUUUCCUUCCCGUGACCCAGGAACAGUCGCUUCCGAAAAUACAACGUGAAGCUUGUUACCAAUACCUGUCUGAAGCCGUCGGACCUGCCCAUGGAGUUCAAGAGUCUGUUGGAACCUAUCGUGCUUACAUGACCCAGCAAGUCAGCACGUACUACGAUCGAAUCCUUCCUGAUCAACGUGACUCCGGUCAUCAAGUUCACUCAAAUCAACGCAUGAACCCUGUUCCUGUUCCCGUCCCGGCCACGCCUACCGGUUUGCCUGUGUCUACAUCGGUAAUUCCCCCAUCUACUCUUUACUCUGGAUCCAUUGCCCGACCUGUUACAUACCAAACCCUGCAUCGCUGCGCGUCUGAAUCUCUACAAACUCCUCAAGGCAAGCCUUCUACUCCCAAUCUCGAAUACAGCAACUGGCUUCUUCACAACUCGCAAAUUCAGCAAUUCGCUGCUACCGCUUCUGCGCCCCUUACUCCUACCGUAUCGUCUUCUGUGUUCUCUACUCCUUCCAAUGCCAACUCUUCGAUUAACUGGUUAUGGAACACAUCGCAAAACACAAGCGCAGGCGACUCCUCUGGAAUUUCUCUUGAGAUAAGCGACAUUUUGGAGAGUCCUGUACUUCGCACGAGGCAAAACACGCGCAACGAUGUCGGUUCUCCUUGCUCUAUCGCAGCCACAAGUCUAGCUAAAAUCUCGGAGCUGAUGGAUCAAAUACCGACUGCCCCACCGUCCUCUCUUGUCAAUUCGCCUACGCUUACGGAGGCUAGAAACCCGAUUGUAGACGGUUUCAACGAUGAAAUGAUGCUUCUGGCAGAACCAUUCGAUCCCACUAUUCGACGCGCUGCUAGCUUUUCUAUGAGCCUCCGCGCUGUCAAGACCGUCGACAACGCCAUGGCGGCAUACGAGUGAAAAAAAAACUGACUCUUACUAGACACUGAUGGUCUGUACGAGUGCGCUUUUCUACAUUAACUUGACAACGCCUUUCUCCGAAUUCGUAGUGUAUUCGCUUCUAAUGGAGGCGUGUCGCCUAAUCCAUACCCGACGCCAGCACCUUAUUCCCAUCGCUAUCCACCUUUCUCUAGUUGUAUGAUACGGGCUUUCCCCUUCCUUUGUGAUGUCUCCCCUUUGUAUUGUUCGCUCAACUUGUCUGGUGUUCUGGUCUUUUUUUGAUAAAUUGACCUUGUAAAUAGCGCCAUAUACUCUAUCGAGACUGCAUACAGCGUCCGUUC